UUGCAUUUUUCCCUUUUUAAGGUGGAGUGAUACGUGGUUCAUAUGUGCCACGUUCUGUUUCUCAUUCAACCAUUGAUGGACACUUGGGUAACUUUCACCUUUUGGCUGUUGUGAAUAAUGCUGCUAGGAACAUGGUUGUGCACAUAGCUCUUUAAGACCCUGCUUUCAGUUCUUCUGGCAGUAGAUCUUCAUGGAGGAACACGGAGUGACCCAAACUGAACACAUGGCUACCAUAGAAGCCCAUGCAGUGGCCCAGCAAGUCCAGCAGGUCCAUGUAGCCACUUACACUGAGCACAGUAUGCUGAGUGCUGAUGAAGACUCUCCUUCCUCCCCUGAGGACACUUCUUACGAUGACUCGGAUAUCCUCAACUCCACGGCAGCUGAUGAGGUAACGGCCCAUCUGGCCGCUGCAGUGCUGGGGAUCAAACCCAGGGCCUCGCAUAUACUAGGUCCUGUGGGAAUGGCUGCUGCUGCUGCUGUGGCAACAGGAAAAAAACGGAAACGGCCUCAUGUGUUUGAGUCUAAUCCGUCUAUCCGGAAGAGACAGCAGACACGUUUGCUUCGGAAACUCAGAGCCACAUUAGAUGAAUAUACUACUCGAGUGGGACAGCAAGCUAUUGUUCUCUGUAUCUCACCCUCCAAACCCAACCCCGUCUUUAAAGUGUUUGGUGCAGCACCUUUGGAGAAUGUGGUGCGAAAGUACAAGAGCAUGAUCCUGGAAGAUCUGGAGUCUGCUCUGGCAGAACACGCCCCUGCGCCACAGGAGGUUAAUUCAGAACUGCCACCUCUCACAAUCGAUGGGAUUCCAGUCUCUGUGGACAAAAUGACCCAGGCUCAGCUUCGGGCAUUUAUCCCAGAGAUGCUCAAGUACUCCACAGGUCGGGGGAAACCAGGCUGGGGAAAAGAAAGCUGCAAGCCUAUCUGGUGGCCAGAAGACAUCCCAUGGGCCAACGUCCGCAGUGAUGUCCGCACAGAAGAGCAGAAGCAGAGGGUUUCAUGGACCCAAGCAUUACGGACCAUAGUUAAAAACUGUUACAAGCAGCAUGGGCGGGAGGACCUUCUCUAUGCUUUUGAAGAUCAGCAAACACAAGCGCAGGCCACCACCACGCACAGCAUAGCCCAUCUGGUACCAUCUCAGACCGUAGUACAGACCUUCAGCAACCCUGAUGGGACCGUGUCACUCAUCCAGGUUGGUACGGGGGCAACAGUGGCCACAUUGGCUGAUGCUUCAGAACUGCCAACCACAGUCACAGUUGCCCAAGUGAAUUACUCUGCUGUGGCUGAUGGAGAGGUGGAACAAAACUGGGCCACGUUACAGGGAGGUGAAAUGACCAUCCAGACAACGCAAGCAUCAGAGGCCACCCAGGCGGUAGCGUCACUGGCAGAAGCCGCAGUGGCAGCUUCUCAAGAGAUGCAGCAAGGAGCCACUGUCACUAUGGCCCUCAACAGUGAAGCUGCCGCCCAUGCUGUCGCCACACUGGCUGAAGCCACCUUACAAGGCGGGGGACAGAUAGUCCUGUCUGGGGAGACCGCAGCAGCUGUUGGAGCACUUACUGGAGUCCAAGAUGCUAAUGGCCUGGUCCAAAUCCCUGUGAGCAUGUACCAGACUGUGGUAACCAGCCUCGCCCAGGGCAACGGGCCAGUGCAGGUGGCCAUGGCCCCAGUGACUACCAGGAUAUCGGACAGCGCAGUCACCAUGGACGGCCAGGCUGUGGAGGUGGUGACAUUGGAACAGUGACACGGAGCUCUAUCAUGGCAUCAUUUUCUAGUCUACUUCAAUUUUUUUUACAUGUUUGCAGAGGUGCAAUCAAAUGGAAUUAAGUCUCUCGACUUGGGAAGACAAGUUUUAGUAACCCUUUUUUUAAGAAGGAAGAAAGACAGCAGAUUUUGGAAUGACAUUUUUUUAAGAAGCACCACUUCUGGGAUCUUGUGGAGUGAGAAACGACACCGACUUCACUGUCCCAAAAAGCCAAAUUGUGGCCGGACGUCUUUUUGUGGAAAUGUGUGUAUACUUACAUGUGUGUAUGUGUGAGUGUGAGUAUAUGUAUAUGUGUACAUAUGGACAUACACAUUUACAUAUAUGUAUAAAGUAUAUAUGUACAUACAUAUAUAUGUAUGAAACCCGCAUGGAAUAUCUGUAUGAAAUCGAGGUGAACUGUGGAAACAAUAACCCACCCAGUUUAGUGGGUGGUAGGUACAUGGCCAGACACAGUCACCUGGUUUUCGUUCAUAGCAGGGUCAUGCAUUGAGCUACUGACAAACUCAGGCAGAGGUGACCACUUCCUUCACCAAAGCUGCCUCCCAGUGGCCACCUAGAAGUCUCUGCUAGAUACGCCGAGGGAAGGAAGAUCCAGGACACAGUGCCGUCCAGAAAGUGCAUACAAUGUCCAGUCACCGCGUGCUUUGCCAGCCAAGACACUCUUCAGGCUGGCCCAGGUGCUGACCUUGCCACAGGCAGGUAAAUGCCCUGCAGGCUCCUGGCAGAGGCAAGAAAUCUUCCCUCGGCCUCCCAUCUCCUCCCUUCCCAGGAAUCCUCAGUCUCAUGACUAUUAAAGAUUUGCUCUGGCUGUGAGGCCAGCCCUGUUAGGAACUGAAGGUAACAGAAAUGUUAAGGGUCUGAGGAAUGCUUAAGGAGCAGGCUGGUGUGAAUGCAGGGCUGUGUGUGCAGGUGCGUGUG